GCAGGGCCGGGUAGAGGCGGGCAGAGCCGGACAGGGUGGCUCUGGGCCGGGGGUCGUAGUGGAAGGCGGUGGCCUGGUGGUGGCGAGGCUGCGGCGACAGAGAUCGGGAGAGAGUGGCUGCCGGCUGGAGCGCGACCUCUUGCCUGGUGGAAGCUCCAUGGUUAUUCCAUGGCAUUUCUCGCUCAACCCAGAGACAGCCGGAACAAGAGGGCUCAUUGAAGUCGAGAGCUUGCCAAAGGAAUUUCCCACACAUCACUACAAGUGGUCCUCUCUGAAGCUCAGGGCAGGAUUUGUGGAUUCACUUCACCUCAGACCAUGGCAAGCCAGGGCUUGCCCCUUUACUUGGCCACCUUCUUGACUGGGCUCUUGGAAUGCAUCGGUUUUGCUGGUGUCCUCUUUGGCUGGACUUCACUGUUGUUUGUGUUCAAAGCAGAAAACUACUUUUUAGAGUCCUGUGAAGAGGACUGCUCGCUCUGGAGCAAUGGAACAGGGCCCUCUGAUUUAAAAGUGCAGGAUGAGAAGUUCUCACUCAUCUUCACCCUGGCAUCCUUCAUGAACAACUUCAUGACCUUUCCCACUGGCUACAUCUUUGACCGCUUCAAGACUACUGUGGCCCGCCUGAUAGCCAUAUUUUUCUACACCUGUGCCACAUUCAUCAUUGCCUUCAUCUCUAAAAAAACUGCCGUGCUGCUCUUCCUUGCCAUGCCCAUGCUCGCAGUGGGAGGGAUCCUGUUCCUCAUCACCAACCUACAGAUUGGGAAUCUCUUUGGUAAACACCGUUCAACCAUUAUCACCCUCUACAAUGGGGCAUUUGACUCCUCCUCAGCAGUGUUCCUCAUCAUUAAGCUACUUUAUGAGCAGGGCGUCAGCCUCAGGUCUUCCUUCAUCUUCAUGUCUGUCUGCAGUGUCUGGCAUGUUGGGCGUACUUUCCUUCUGAUGCCCAAGGGACAUAUCCCCUACCCACUGCCUCCCAACUACAGCUAUGGCUUGUGCUCCAGGUUUGGUGCUAGAAAGAAAGGGAAUAAAGCGGCUGAACAUGAAACCAAGGAGCUACAGUCAAAGGAAUGUCUGCCACCAAAGGAAGAGAACUCUGGACCAGAGCAGGAGCAGCAACAACAGCAGCAGCAGCAGCAGCAGCACUCUUUUCGACGCUGCGUGCUCUCUCGCCGAUUCAUCUUACAUGUGAUGUGGCUGUCUAUCAUACAGUUGUGGCAUUACCUCUUCAUUGGCACUCUCAACUCUCUACUCACCAAGUUGUCCAGUGGGGACAAAGUGAAAGUCAGUGCCUACACAAAUGCCUUUGCCAUCACCCAGUUUUUUGGCGUGCUGUGUGCCCCCUGGAAUGGCUUACUCAUGGACCGCCUUAAACAGAAGUAUCAGAAGGCAGCCAAAAAGACAGGUUCCUCGUCUGAGGCUGUGGCUCUCUGCUCCAUGGUACCUUCACUGGCUCUGACGUCUCUGUUGUCCCUGGGCUUUACCCUGUGCGCCUCCAUUCCUGUCAUGCAGCUACAGUAUGCCACCUUCAUCCUGCAAGUGGUCAGCCGCUCCUUCCUGUAUGGAUGCAAUGCUGCCUUCCUCACGCUGGCAUUUCCCUCAGAGCAUUUUGGAAAGCUCUUUGGGCUGGUGAUGGCCUUGUCAGCUAUUGUGUCUCUGCUGCAGUUCCCCCUGUUCAAAGUCUCCCCUGAGAGCAACGUGGUGUAUGUAUCGAUGGGGCUUGCCAUUUUUCUGACAUUGGUCCAUCCCUUCCUGGUGUACCGUGAGUGCCGUGCUGAGAAGACAAAGUCGUCUGUGGAUGCCUAGCCUGGAAGCCCUCACUCUCAAGCCUUGAUGAUGCCUUUCCUGCUCAUUACUCGACUUUGAUGAUCCAGUGUCCACAAAGACUGCCUACUCAAGAGAACUGUAGUAGGCAGUCAUAGUUUUUCUUAAACAACAACAACAACGAGAAACAAACAAACAAAAACCAAAAA